GGGAAAUUACUUCGAGCAGAAAAGAACAAGGUACGAUUCGAAAGUAAAUAUUGCGGCUGACGCCCGUAUAAGAAGAGUCACACGACACACAGACGGUUUGAAUGCUGCACAGUGUCAUGGGUUGACAUGCAGGUGAACUUGACACACUAAGAUCAGUCAAAGUCUGUAAACAUCAAGGAUGGACAGAUACGAUGAAGAUAUUUAUGACAACCCAUUCUUUGUCACGCUCACAACAAAGUUUACAGACAUAUAUGAGGAGGCCACAAGCAAGCGAUGGACAUUGUGUGUGCCGAAGUAUUCCUCUGUGGUGAAAGAACCCAGUUUUUCUCGUGAAGACAUCACAGAGCAUGUAGUAAUACCUUUGAGUGAUGACGGCGAGGAAUUUAAGAGUUGGUCUAACAAGAAACUGACCAUCUGUAAUGGAAAUGUCAAUAUUGUGCCAACAGAUGUGGUCCCAGCUAAAACGGUUCCCAUCUUAUUUGAAGAAAUAUUCUAUAACAACAACAAUGAGAGUUUCCGGGUUCUUUGUAUCAACUGUCUGCUCAACAGGAGUGGUGUGGAAUCGUGCUAUGACCAGGAAGAGAAGAUCACUAAACGACCUACAUCAUUUGAUGACUGCAAGGAACUCUUGUUUGGACAUCCAGGUGGACGAAAGACAGAAGAAAUGCUGACUAAACUACUGGAGUCAUUUAGCUUGUCAUACAGCAGACUGCGGGGUGAAAGUUUCAGGAGUCUGGUGGAUGCGGCAAGUGCCCAGUUCACCAAAUCUAUGCAGACCGUUCUGAAAGAUGCUAAUGUAAGACGUACAGCACAGCACAGUCAAAUGGACAUGGACAAUCUAAAGGUCGCUGUUGAGACAUACAUAAUGCAUGCCUUACACCGCCACCUAUUCCAAACCCUGACCGCCUGUAUGUCAAGUGAGGAUUCAGAGGUCAACAAGAUGGUACGUAACAGCACAGAUGUCAAACCUCGUGACCUUGGUAUAAGGUCAGAGUUCAUACGAAAUAUUGUGUCUGCUAAGAAAGAGUUAGUAAGGAUCAACAAGUUCAGUACUCCAAUGGGGCGCCUCUCCUGUCUGAAACGAGUUGUAACCAACCUCAGCAAGCCUCUCUAUCAGAACAACGGUGAAAACAAUGAUUCCCUGUUAAUGACUACAGACGACUUCUUACCAAUCCUCAUCUUGUUGGUGGUCAAAUCAGAGAUUCCUAACUGGACUGCCAAUCUGAUGUAUAUGAAGUACUUUCACUUUUCAAAGACGACAGAGGAUGAUGAAUACUCGUUCUACCUGACAACUGUUGAGGCAGCCCUGGAACACAUACGCAGUGGUCGCCUCAAGGAAGAGGCCAUAAAAGCACACAGAAUUACGGAGUGUGAGACAGCUGAUCAGAAGACAUUAGUUGGUAGAUCAUUGUCGGGAGGAACGACAACUGUCGACAAAUUUUUUCAGUACGUACAGUAUGGUGAUGAGACAGCUGUCACCCAGAUGCUGCGACGACCUCGAGACAGUCAGGACCAGGUUUCACUCAAGUUGUGUCAUCCUUUGUGUAGUUGUGAAAAGUGUGCCAAACUGAUGGCUCAGCACAGGACAGAUGUCAACCUUGUCACAGCUUACACUCGCGACGAUCGCGGGUACACAGCUCUCCACAUAGCGGCCCUGAAUGGCCAGGCCCACCUUAUAGAUGUGCUGAUAAAAAAUGGGGCACUUGUCAAUGCCAGUGACUACCUCAGCUACACCCCCCUACAUCUGGCCUGUCAGAAGGGUCACCAGAACAUCAUUUUAUUGUUGGUGCAUUUCAACGCCGACUGUACACAGACUGAUGGGGAAGGUAACACACCACUACACCUGUGUGUGGACAAUGGACACGAGGAUUGUGUAAAGGCAAUGGUAUUCCUGGAUCAUGCCAAAACGAAAUUGGACGUCAACACUCAGAAUGUCCGUGGAGAUACAGCUAUACAUCUGGCAGCUAAAUGGGGAUAUGAAAACAUUGUGAGUAUCCUGCUUGAGAAUGAUGCCCAGCCGAGUUUGAGAAACAGAAAGAAGCAGACACCCUUUAAUAUUGCUCAGAGUUCCAAAGUCCAGGAGCUCCUCAAAAUGGCGGCCUCCUUACCGAGACUGGAAGUGAGCAGGAACAAAUCUAAAAGUAUGGUGGACUAUGAAAUUGUGACAAAGAAGGAGGUAGCCUUGGAAACGCCUCAGCCCCAGGCCCCUAUCACCCAUGUAGUUACCUCCCUUGACCAGGUUGAAAACCGACAGCUGGAAAAGUUAUACAAAGCUAUUAAUGAUGGAGACCUACCAAUGGUAAAGUUCCACCUGGGCUGGAGUGAUUUUGAUGAUGAAGAUGAUUUUGAGGUUUCCGAUAUGUCCAUUGUUGAGCUUUGCCACCCUCUCUGUCAAUGUAAAAAGUGUCUCCCUAUACAGAAGACAGUGUUUAGUGUGUCAAGCUCGGGAAGGAACGGUAUCCAUAUUAACACACAGGACAAAUCAGGCUACUCCCCUCUACUUCGUGCUGUUUUGUGUGGAAAUCUAGAGUUUGUUCAACUGUUCUUACGGAGGGGAGCCAAUGUGAAUUGUCAGACAGUAAAGAACAUCACUCCUCUACAUCUGGCCUGUUUCCUUAGACAGACCGAGAUUGCCAAGGUGCUGGUUGAAAACGGUGCUCAGAUGGAUGUACGCGACAUGGCAGGGGACACACCUGUCCAUAUAUGUUGUGCUAAAGGCAAUCUCGCUCUCCUCAACCUUCUUGUACAGAACUCUGCUGAUAUCAAUCUACAAAACUUGUGUGGGAACACACCACUCCACUUGGCUGCUGUACAGGAGAAACUGGACGUGGUCAAGCGUCUGAUCAGUCUUGGGGCGAAGGUGACAGUGGUCAACAAGGACAGCUGCACUCCCGUACAACUAGCAGCCAAGAACCCAGAGAUUGAAUCCAUACUAGCAAAAUGCAUGCCCAAACAAUCAGCUGUGAAGAAGGAACUACCAGGCUCAUCAAUACAAGACUCACCUAUAUCCAUCCAUGACCUCUUCUCAGCAUUUGAGGCAAAGGAUUUGGAAACAAUGAAUAUCCUGAAUCAGGCAAUCCGUGAGUUUGAUGCUCGAGCAAGUCUCAAAUGCACAACAGUCCGAGACGCCUCCGAUAAAACAGUCACUAUGCUUCGACAGCAACACUCCAUCAAGAAGUUUGACUUGCGAGAUCUGAAGCAUGUCCAAUCUCUGGACAAGAGUGAUCCCUUGUAUAUGUAUCGGCUUUCAGUCAGUGAGAUGGAGUCAGAAAGUGAAAGUCCUCAAGGUGCCUGUGAAAAUAGAACAGAGGAUGAGAAUCAUGAUGAUGAUGGUGCUGGCAGCAAGGCGGCAGAGGUUGGUCUUGAAUGUUCUUUAGACAGAAAAGAAACAUCACUGCAGGGAUGUUCGAAUGUGAAAGACACAUCCAUGCAAAAUAAAGAUUUAAUCGUAAAAGCAGACAAAUUUGUUUUAGAAGUAACAAAUGAGGAUGUAUUUGAUAAUGGUAUAGACAAUCAAAUGGUCAGUGGUCCUCCAGGUCAGUUUGUGACAACGGCACCAUUAGGGAGCCUAGUGUCACCUAGUGAUAACUCACGAGUGGUCAGAGAUAAGUCAUAUCUGAUGCACAAUGAAGAGAAUCGUGAGGGUAAAUCAAGCACUUCAAUGACAAUGGGAUCAGAGGAAUUUCCAAUUCCGGUAGAAACGCAUGUCAAUGAUACGACUCCGUCGUGCCUUAUUGAUCAAGAGGGUUCAUCUGAAUAUGAAUCUGAAGGAGAUAUUUUUGAAGAAAUGGAGAGAAGUAAAUUAAAAUCUCCUCAACUAGCCAGCUAGAUAGUGUAAUAAUGUGAUAUGUAGAUAUAGUACUGUUUUAUAUACAUUUGAGAGUCCUUAUAUGUCUGGUAGGCAUUCAAUAUUAACUUGUGAUGUUCACACUGCUUGGAUGGUGGAUACUCUAUUGUCAGCUUAUUUGAAUUAUAAUUAAAAGUAUUAUGUUCGGGAAAUAGAAUACAGUCAACCACUACAAAUAUGCUUUUUGUGAAAUCUGACUGAUAAGUAUUACUUAUUUUUUCCUGGCUAGGCAUUGUAUCAUUAAUAUUUAUUUAAAUUAUGUAACAAAUUAUUUGUUUAUGACUGCUGGGUUUUGUUACAAAUUGGUUUUAUCCCACCUGUCACAAAUAUAUGAUGUAUUUCAUCUUCAUUGUACACUUAACGUGAGUGAUAUGAUUAUAUUAGGGUUGAUUUUAUGCAUGAUUGAAUUGUUUAGGCCUUUAAUGAUCAAAGCUGAAAAAAAUGUAAAUUCUAUACUGUCGAUAAAAAAUUCUUUACAUCAUUUUGUGUUGCUUUGAAUUAAAUGUUCAUUACUUGACUUAAUUUGACAUUUUCCACAUAAUUUCGUUCAUCAGGUUUGCUUAUUUACUUAUUUAUUAGAAAUAUUCAAAUGAAAUUGCAGCCUGAAAUUCAUCUUAAUAAUUAUAUUGAUAACAUUAUAUAAAAAAAAUGAAAUGAUCCACCUUGGGUUAUCAUUACAUCAGUUUCCGUAGUAGGAGGUUAGUUAGUUCACUUGGUUUGAUUCACCAUGGUGAGCUUAUGUGGCGGUUCAUUAGCAUCAGUAAAAUUUCACAUAAAUACCCCACAAUCACUGAGCAUCCUGAGCAUGUUUUAGACGAAAGCCUUCCAUGGACUUAUUCCAUUGACCUGUUGGCAGAAUAGCAAUAUGGCAGCAGAUUUCAAAUCAGCUGCCAAAUGACCAUGUGAGAAGAUCACAAUUUCCUUUCCAAAAUAUCCCGGUAAGAAGACUUCAAUCCUUGCUUCAAAACAGGCGAUGGCAGCAAAUCUCAACUUUUCUCCUGAACAUUGUGAGAAAAUUUCAACAUCACCUCUAAAAAAAGCCAUAUGAGGUUUCAACCUCUUGUGCAAAAAGACACUUAUGUAGUCAAUUUUAUACAUACCUCCAGAAAGUCCAUGUAAGAAGAUUUCAACUUCACCUCAGUAAGUAGCUUUCAGUCCUGUCUUCAGUCCCAUUACUUCAUGUUGUCAUCUAUUUGUCUAGAAUUGUUCCAACUGUUUAUUCAUUUAUGUUUAAGAUUGAAUGAAAACAGCUAUGGGUGCUAACAAAUGAUGUUUUAGGUACUGAGUGCUUACUGUAGAGACGAUGUUUAUGGGAUUGUGGGUCAAAUGGAAAUGUUUGAUUCUGCAAGUAAAAUAAGUUAAUGAGAAAUUUACUAUUUAUUUGGAAAUCUUACAAAUUAUUCUAUUGAUGGAAGUCACUUUUUUCAACACUUCUUAUUAGUAGUGAAUAAUUUUGAAUUGGCCCUGCAGUGAUAAAUGAUGCAGUCUGCCUUGUUUCUUUGCAAUGAGACACUCUUGUGUCGUUUGCCUGCUCCAUAUUGUUUGUUUAUAUAACUUAAAUAUUAUUUUGUUAGGGGUUUCGUUUAACAUCUACUAUAGGUAUCCUCAAAUAGGUAUAUUUAUUACCGAUUGGGCAUUGUCAUAUAAAAGCCACAGGCAAAACCUAAAUCUUCCACUAAUUUAAUUGCUCCAAUGUGAAUGCUUGAAGUAAGCUAUAUCUAAUUGAUAAGUAAAAAUGGCAGUACUUCAUAGAUAUUCUAAAAGAUGUAAUUAUUGCUUUAAUUGAUAUUUCUGUUGUUUUUUGUCUUAACGAUUGUGCCAUGACAGUUGAAAACAUAUGUUUUUUUAUGUUCAUGUUAUAUUGGUCUAAAAUGCUAAAGGUUCAUAUUUCAGAUUAAUGUGAUUUACGUCGUAGUUUUUAUAGCCAAUGCCAAGGAUUUUAAAGGAACUUGUUAGAGAGGUGUUACUGAGGAGACGUUAAUGAUGGGAAAUUGUUAUGAAGGCUCGGUUUUAAUAGGAAUGUUUGUUUUUGGAAGUGUUGCUGAGUAGAUGACUUUAUUGUGAAUUUGUUAAUACAAGCCAAUCAAUUAAUUUGGAGAUCGUAUGAAUCCCGAACUACUUUCAUUUUCGUUGUAUUUUUUGACACUGUGAAAUAUUUCAUUUAUAUAUUGUCCUUUUAUGAACUUUUCUAUCUAUAUGAUAUCUUCUAGUUUCUUGGUUAACAUUGGCAUAGUUCUAUCUUUCAUAUAAUUUUAGAGACCUUCGUGAUAUGUUAGGUAUAACAUGUUAUUAUAACAAAGCUGUAAAACUAUAGAUAAGUAUUUCGUAACGUUUGAAUAAUCAUAGCACUAGACAUUCUCCUUACAAUAGUCGGAUGUGACGCUAUGGAGUAUCUAAUGGAACGGUUAUGAUAUAAAUAUUAUGGUUACUGCUGCAAUGACUACUGUUAUGGUUACUGUUGCUAUAAAGGCUGUGUUAGGGUUACUGCUGCAAUGACUAUGUUGUUAUGGUAACUGUUGCUAUGACGCCGUGUUACGGUUACUGCUGCAAUGACUAUGUUGUUAUGGUAACUGUUACUAUGACGGUCGUGUUACGGUUACUGCUGCAAUGGCUAAUGAUGUUAUUGUUACUUCUGCUAUGACGACUCUCUUUUUGCAAUAACUGUUGUAGACAUAAAAGAUAAAUUGAAUGAUAAAAAUAUGAUGUUCUCCUGAUCAGUUGAAUGCUUUAUUUGUACUGGUUGAAAAACCUGACGGCUUUCACCAUUAAGCGGUGUUAAAUUAAUCAUCUUAGGGACAACGCUGUAAAUUAUUUCACAAUUGUAGACUGCGAGACCCGUGACCUAGUCGCUACAAAAGGGGGUUAAUAAUACGGAUAAACUGAAAGAAUCUUUGGGAUUUUUUCUCUCUAAGUUUUAAUUUAAAUGUACGUGCGAUUGGUGUUAUUAAGAAACCAAUAAUGUCAAAUAUGUCAACUUGAAUGAGUGUUGUAAUAUAUGGUAUUAAUAACCAGGCGAAAUGUUACAGAUUCCUCUGGUAUUCUUUUUAGAUUAUAUAUUGUGUACUUUCUGAGGCUCUUCGUUAAUGUUUUCUAUGUGUCAGAUGCCUACAAACUGCCUCAUAUUGAUAUGAUGAUUUUCUAAAGCCAUUUAACGUUUUCUAUCUAGACUACAAACUGCCCAAUAGUAUUAUGUCGAAUUUCUUAAGUAGUUUUGUUUUCUUUCUAGACAGCAAUACAGGUUGAAUCACACCUGAUUUUGUUCAGUUUCUGAAACAAUUUGAUGAGGUUUACUAUCUAGAUAAGCCUACAAAAUUCCCCUGUGAUUUGUCAGUCUUUGUGAAGUUUUUUUUGACGAUGAUUGCUAUCUACACCUGCCUAAAUUGCCGUAUAUCGACAAUUUGAUAGAUUUUGUUGAUUUUUAAAAUCUGAUGACUGCUCAUUUCUAAGUUUCGAUUUGUCCAUUUCCUGAGACAGUUUCAUGUUUCUAGCUAAACAUACCUACAUGUUAGAUUACCAGAUACGUGUUAUUUCUCCUGAAUUCUAUCUCCUGUACAUACUAUCUGCAUAUGAUUUCCAGUUUAAUCGAGCAGUGAAUGUACUCGAUAUCGACUUUUAUUAGUGCUAAACAGUUUAUUACAAUGUAAAGAAAUACUUGAGUGUUUAUGUUAAUGAAAUAGAUCAUCAAGUGCCAUAAACGGUCGAUCAUGUCUCCGUCCCUAUCACAGUAUUAAUGUGUAUAGGUAGAUAUAGUUGAUAUUGUGAUAUAUAUGUUUAAAACACUACAAUACCUACUUGCUAACAUGCCUACUUUCUUACAUCCUUGAUCCUCCAUGGGUAAUUCUCACUUUUGCUGUCUGCACACCUGGAACAUAUGUCAAAAUCGAAGGCUCCAUUUGAUGUCUUGGUAUUCCAAAGGUAGCCGUGAGCGAAAGUGAACCUAAACCCUGGGGUAUCCCGUAUGCUCUUCGUUAAUAAAAGCAAAGAGACGUCACCCACCAUUUUAAUUGUCUUUCAAAACGUUAACCUUCAUUUAGGAAUCUGUUUUGUACCAUUGAUGUUUUACCAUAAACCAUAAAGCAUAACUACCACUGUGUGCUAAAGUUUCGAAGAAUAUGUAUUCGCGACAAGAGAGCGGUACACUUUCGUUUCGUGAUACAAACAAGUUAAUGUGGUCCUUUCCUCUGAGAUCCUUUAAGCAUAUGUGUUGCCGGGAUUUCCCCACUGUAUUGAGGUUAAUUUUAGAAUCAUACAGAUUGUUGAAGUUUUCUUGUAAUGUUUUGUGAUAGAAAUAUACCAGUGACAGAAAUUGUUGAUAAACUGGUACAUAUUGUUUACACUGUUAGACUAUUGUGCAUUUCUUGUUACAAGAAUGUGAUAAUAAAACUGUUACAAAAGUAA